UCCAGUCCUUUUAAACCGUGAGCUCUGCGUCUCUUAACCAGUGCUGAGCCGGGAGGCUGGCACCGCUGGAGGGGCUAGUAGGUGCCCACAGGCAGUGCCCAUGGAGUAUGACAGCUGAAGUCCGUAUUUCUCCAGCUCUGCAGUCUGCUUGGAUCCGUCCACCAUGCUGCACUUCGUGGUCAGUGCCCUGCUUGUGUGGAGCGCCGCUCUGGGCUGUCAGCUGUCCUCUGAAUGGAGACACCUGAGUGAGGGCUGCAGGGCAGAGCUGGCCCAGAUCAUCGUCUAUGCCAAGGUGCUGGCAGUGCACGAGGAGACCCACAGCAGCAUAUUCAGCACCAUGUACAACUACCUGCCCUGGCAGUACGAGGCAGGGGACAGCACCUUCUUCUACUCUGCUGAGAUCGAGCUGCUGUGUGACCAGGCAUGGGGCAGCAUGCUGGAGGUACCUGCGGGCUCCAGGCUGAACAUCUCUGGCCUGGGGUACUUUGACUGUCACUCCUAUACUGUAGUGGAAGGGCACUCCUACUUCUUCUUUCUCAGAAUGGACGAGAAUUACAAUAUGCUCCCACAUGGAGUGAAUUUCCAGGAUGCAAUAUUUGCAGAUACUCAAGACAACUGGAGACUCUUCUCAGGUCUUUUCCAGUACUCCAACUGUUCUCAAGGACAGCAAGUAAUAUAUGAAUUGGAAAGCCAUGAAGACAGUAGGCUUAUGUGCUCCUCGAUUCAGAGCGCAUUGUUUGAAGAAGAGGAGAGGGUGAAGAAACUUCAGGAGAAGGUGGCAUCACUUGAGAGUCGCAACAAACAGUUAAAAGAUCGCAUGAAGAAAGUCAAGAAAUCUUUAAGACAAGCCAAAAAGAAUGGCAGAAAUAUGGAGACGAUGAAUCAAAAACUGAACGCAAUUCUGUCUUCUAUGACAGGACAGAAUAUACAUGACAAUUCAUUACAGCAAAAAAAUUCCCAUUUAACGUAUCUGAAAGUAUAAGUGACUUAUAGAAGCUACAAUACAGGCCAGAUUUAUCAUGUAAAAAAGGUUAUGCCUGACACGAUUUGUAACCUUUCAAGCUUGAUUAGACGUUUAUUUCCAGGUACUUUGGUUGUAUGGUUGUAUUCCAAUAAUCUUGGUUAUUAGACACCAGGGGCAUCAUGAAUAGUGUUCUAAGUGGUUAAGAAAACAACAAUGGUACAAGCAUAUCACAAGACACAUCUGGUAAAGGUGAAUUAUUGUGAAUAUGAAUUACACAAAGGAAUUCCAUAUUUCAGAUCAGAGGUGUCAGUGCUUACUACUUUUAUCAACCAUCCACAAGAAUGAAUGUUAGCUCAUCAUGGACCUCACUGCUUGGACCCCAGCCAGUCACUGCCAGGGGGUAGCUCAGUUCCUUGUUCUAUCCUCAUCAGCACAUCUAUUGCAAGUGGGACUUGCACUGGGCGAGGAUGCGUACUGCAGAUAUAUCCAACUCUUUGGAAGGUAUAGAAAUAGGUAUAUGAAAGUGUUUGGCUGUAUUAAGCGUAGGUGGGCAUGCUCGAAUGCAGCAGAUGUGCUUGACUGCAAACAUUUAUCACCUAUCCUAUACAUCCAGUAGUUGUUGGUAAAACUAUAUUAAUGUGACAUAACUUCUGGAGAAUGCUCUGAUUUUGUGAUACAUUUUGGCCUAUGUGGGAGUUGCUGGGCAGCUCCAAUUUAUUAUCCUUAGUUACUUUUAUAUAUUUUGUAACCUACAAAACAUGUUUCCAUGCUUCAUAGCCAUGUAUAACAUUAUAACACAUUCAAUAAAAAUGUAAUUUGUGUAUUUUGUACAAAUAAACAUAUUCUACAACA